CUUAUAAAGCAAUAUUCUGAUUGGUUCUUCGGCUUGAGUUUAUGUUUUACAUUUACAGCUACGGGAUUUGUGUGCGAUGGCCCUCAUUCCUUGGCGCGAGAAAGAGGCGUGCGAGUAACACGCUGUAAAGUUCGUUAUUGAGACCGCGAAUCCUCUCCGGCACCCACCAGGAUGACCAGGUCGAAAAUAGAGCUGGGAGACGUGACACCUCAUAACAUAAAGCAACUAAAAUUGCUCAAUCAAGUUGUAUUCCCAGUGUCGUACAAUGAAAAGUUCUAUAAGGAUGUACUGGAGGCUGGGGAACUCGCCAAACUAGCAUAUUACAAUGAUAUAGUGGUUGGAGCAGUUUGCUGCCGUGUAGAUACUUCAGAAAAUUCUAGGCGUUUAUACAUAAUGACAUUGGGUUGUCUCUAUCCCUAUAGAAGAUUAGGAAUUGGCACUGUUAUGGUGCAACAUGUUUUAAAUUAUGUUAACAAGGAUGGGAAUUUUGACUCAAUCUUUCUACAUGUUCAAAUAAGCAACGAAGGCGCAAUUGACUUCUAUAAGAAAUUUGGAUUUGAAAUUGUCGAAACUAAAGAGCAUUAUUACAAGAGAAUAGAGCCAGCGGACGCACACGUAUUACAAAAGACGUUACGUCCUCGAGCAAAUCAAACGAAUCAUCAAACUGUCAACUAAUAAGUAGCAUUGUUUAUUAGCCUAUCUUUUCCACAAUUUAGGAUCUACAUAUUCCCAUGUUCUGUCAAUAAAAUCGUUUUGUAUUAUAGCCAUCGA